AUGUACGACAUUAGUUUGGCCAUAGAAAUUGCACAAGGACUUAGAGAAAGUAUUGUUCCUGGUACAUCCGAAGAUUAUGUAAAACUUUAUACUGAUUGUUGGGAUAAUGAGCCAGAUAAUCGUCCGUCUAUGAACAGAGUGGUUGAUGAAUUAAAUGCAAUUAUUGCAAAAACAAAUAUAGAUGGUUAUGGUCAAUUGAAAAAUAAUGAAUCCAAAAUACAAUUAGAUGAGCAACUAAUUUACUUGAAUAGCGUUAAUGCUUCUUCCAACUUAGAAAUAGACACCGUAUCAAUUUUGCAGAGUUUUAAGUCCGGUCUGUCCAGUAAAAGAUCAGUCUUUCAGCCUGGACCAGACUGGACCGGGACUGGAUAUUUAUAUUUAGGAAAUUUAUCCUCACGAUUGAUUUAA